AUGGAGGGCCGCAAAGCGCAUCUGCUCAAGCUGUUCAGCUACACGGCAUGCGCUGCUGUGGGGACUUACAUGGUGUUUGGCCUCGAGUACCGUCCGCUGCCCGACGGCUCGGACCAUGUCUUCACCCGGGCUCAGAGCUGGGCGAAGAACCAGCUGGACGAGUUCUGGAUGCUGGACGAGGAGCGCGCGGCUCGCGCUGCUGCACGCGCUGCUGCGGCUGCUGAUGCUGCGUCACGCAGAGCUGCUGCCGCCGCAGAUCGGCUCCGCGCCGCGUCGGCUGCCGCCCGCUCCGACACGGGCGCCGCCGCGUCGUGA